UGUUUUUUCCCCUCCUCCAUAGUCCGCCUUGUUUCCCUCCAUCUCCGCUUAUCGCUCAGUGCUCGGACGUUGCGUUAAGGUGCGGAUCCGAGUCCCGCUCUUGGGGGAAUUUUGAGGAAAGUCAGACGACGUAUACGCCUUCAGAAGGACACUUCGAGACGACAGACGUUUAUUUCACCGCCUUUGUGCAGUUGUUUUAAAACUACAGUAAAAAUGGAUCCAAUGACUCAGUCCGCCCAGAUAUCAUCGUCGCAAGGGCUUGCAGAUGGACAAAAUUCAGCUGCCAAAGAAUCAAAGCUGUCCGAUUCCUUUCUUUCCUCUUCGCCUGUAUCUCUCAUUCAGUCUCCUCAAGACAAAAGAGUGGUCCUGGGCUCCGACAAGCCUUGCGAAGGUGUAGCAACGUCCCUUCGCUUUCCUUCUCAACCUGGCUCAUUCACCCCUGGUAAUUACGGGAGUGAAGCCGGGCCGCCAGAUGGACAACCGGAUUCGCCGAUAAAGACGUCCCCUGUUUCAGAGCGAAUAAAGGCACUGGAAGCUCUUGCUGCGAAAAAGAAGGAACCAGAUUUUAGAAGCGAUGGAGGUUUCUCUCACUUCAGAGACCGCCACCAUGAGAAAUCUCCCACUGAGACCCCCAAAUCUCCCACUGAGACCCCCAAAUCUCCCACUGAGAAAAUUGCACCAAUUGUCCAGAAAAAAGGAGGUUCUGCUGAUCAGGAGUCACCAGAAUCUCCCUUUGAAGUACUUGGAGAUUUAAGACAAGUGAAUGAAUUUGAAGAAACAGAAGAGUGGAUGAAGGCUCAUUUACCUCCUGUGCCAGACUUUGAUGCUGUAGAUUUAAUUAAAGGCAGCUUGACUUCAGACAGUGUUACAUCAAAGGAGGAGAAGAAGACUGACAUAGUUAUACCUGAUGCUCCUGCUGCCUUUGCCGGUGUCCCUGAUGCUUUCAUGGAUUCUCCUGUUGAAACUCCAAAACUGAAUGAUGGUGACACACAGAAGCAGACCGGUGUCGAGGAGGAGUCUGAGUUUGACCUCAGCUUUUUGCCAACAGCCUACAUGUGGGAUCAGCAGGACAAAUCAGGUGUCCAGCCUCCAUCAAAUGUCAAUUCAGUGCUUCCAGCUUCACCUGCACCUCCUGCAGGCUUUGACUCCCCAUCUCCACCAGUUGGCACAGAUGCUAAACAGAAUAUGACAGAUGACAAGAAGCCAUCUUGGACCGGAGAUCUGGAGCCCACAGAGGCAAGUGAAGCGGACAGCUCAGGAGACUCAGAUGAUACUGUCAUAGAAGAUGGUGUCUCUGUUCCUGCAUCUGUUCCUCCUUCGUCUUCUGAUUCAGCAGUUUCAAAUGAUCCUACCACUACCCCUGCUUCUGCAGCUCCGAAUCUUCCCACUGAGGAAAUCGUGACUCCUCCACCAAAGUCUGAGAGGAAGCUAAUGCAGGUUCCCACGAUCAAUGUUAUUGAGACUGACGAGCCAAAUUACAGUGAUGAGGAGAUGGAGCUUGAAGCAGAGGAAGAUGAGGAUUAUGAGGUUGUAAAAGACCCAGCCAGGGAGGCUCCAAAAACCCCAGAGCCCGAGGACAGUAAACAUGAACCACCCAAGACCCGCCCCAUAGAAACUGAAUUCAUGGAAGGCUACUCACCUCCAUCCUCACCUGUGGACUCUGAUGCUGAAUACUCUCCCAAACACAAGAUACUCAAAUCUCUUCCUGGAACAGUCCAUCAGGAAUCUGCAUCAAAACCUGAGGCCCUACCCAAUCAAACUGAUUCAAAAGACUUGCCAUGUGAUUUGUCCCAAGCACAAUCUGAAAAAGCACAGACCACUUCCAAUAAAAUAAAUUAUGAAACCUCCCCUUCCAUUGUCACAAAUGAAGAAGUGGACUUUCCAGACAAUGAGGACGAGUGGUCAGAUGAAGCACAAGAUAUCCCGGUCAAACCUUGCAAGACAGAUCUUGCGUUCAUGGAACCGUCUUCUUACACCCAAUCCAAAGUGGAUGAAAAGAGCAACACGGCUGUAAAAGAGGCUUAUAUGGAGGCAGCUCCCCUUUCUAAAACCAGCUUCAUGCAAGAUGAUAUAUAUGACAGACAAUCAUUUGAUUAUGAUUAUGAUGCAUCCUCUCCCUUUGAUGACAUUGAAGACAGAGGGCUAAUCAGUGCUAAGGAGCGGUUUCUUUCAGAACCUACUCAAGUCCAAGUUGAGACACUGAAUGCAAGCACUGCACAAAAUGAUGUUCCAGAGGACAGUCUAAAUCGGGAAGAUUUCACUUCAGUGAGUGAUGAUGAAGCCUCCCCCAAGCCAGUUCAGCCAUCUCAAAGAGAUUAUCCCCAAGAUCCAUAUUCCUCUUUCCAAAGUGAGACACUUGGUAUCAGUGAGCAAGAUUUCUGUAAGAAAAUGACCACUGACAUUGUUACAGAUAAUAUGGCCAACUCCCUCCCAGGACAGAAAAUUGUCUCAAAGAUCCAGCAGGACACUAAGGCAGAACAACAUGAAGAAACAAGCAGCCCAGAAAGCACUGACCCUGACAGCUCUGUUUCUGAGCCUACAGAUAGCUUUGUGGAGUUCAUGCGAGAGUGCCUGAAAUCGAGGCAGGAUGAAGAACCUGACAACAUGCACCAAGGUGUUCCACCUAAGAAUGAGUUCCGCAAAACUGGUUUGCCUCCUUCUCAGUCCCCUCCAACCAUGGUGAUGGAUCUUGAACAAGAACAGCUUACCAUCAGUGCUCUCAAAGAGCUGGGCAGCAGUCAAGACGAGGAGGACGAAGCAGCGUCUCUCCAGUCGAAAGUUCCUGACGAGGACAAAGCUAACCCCAAUGCACCAUCUAUACAGCAGUCUUCCUUUACCUCAGUUUCUAAUCCUCCAUGUUCCCAAAGCAACCGUGUGUUCGACAGCACGUAUUCCAAAGAGGUAGAAGCCAUCGACGAAUGGGUGGCUGAAGCUUAUCAUCUAGCUGAGCAUGUCUUGACAGCAAUACUAACCCACUUAUCAGUUAAGGAUCUGAUUCACUGGCGAGACCCCAAGAAGUCGGGCUUGGUGUUCGGCGUGUCCAUGCUGCUGCUGCUGUCGCUGGCAGCCUUCAGCGUCAUCAGCGUGGCGUCCUACCUGCUGCUGGCCCUGCUCUGCGUCACCAUCACCUUCCGCAUCUACAAGUCCGUCAUCCAGGCGGUGCAGAAGUCUAGCGAUGGACACCCCUUCAAAACACUGAUAGAUAAGGAUGUCAGCAUCCCUCCGGAGACUUUCCGCAAGCACGUGGACACCAGUCUGACCUACAUCAACCGAGCCCUGAAGCAGAUGAGCCGCCUCUUCCUGGUGGAGGACCUUGUGGACUCCCUGAAGCUGGCUGUGGUCAUGUGGCUGUUCACCUACGUAGGAGCUGUCUUCAAUGGAAUCACCAUUCUCAUCCUUGCUGACAUCCUCCUCUUCGCUGUGCCUCCGAUCUAUGAGAAGAACAAGACCCAGAUUGAUCAGUACAUCGACCUUGUGCGUACUCAAGUCAACACCACGAUGGCCAAGUUGCAAGAGAAACUUCCCGGAGCUGUGAAGCGCAGCAAAACUGAAUGAUCAACCUCCCCUUAAUUAGAAACCUCUGUCACCAUCAUCCUCAUCUCCAUCUCCAUCACCAUCUGAAACCCCCUUACCUUCUCCUACCCCCUCUCCAGAACCCAACCCCGCCCCCCAGUCUAACUCCUCCUCCCUACUCCAUCGACCAUCAGCACCCUACUACACUGAACCUUGCUAGGUAGAAAAUCUCUGAGCUACUCGAUAUUCAAUGUAAAACUACUGCGCAGCUUAACUUGCAAAGCAUAAAAAAGAACUGUGCCUGUGCAGACAGGAAGCACGUCGCUAGUGAGGAAGUGAUGUAACGCCGAGGCGGACCCUGCCUAUCUGUGGGCACGCCACAGGGGAAUGGAGGAGGGUCGAGUGAACUAGACUGAAUCUAUGACCUGGUUUUCGUCGUGUACAGCGAGCAGGGGGGUGGAUGAUGGCUGUUAAUGUCACAAAAAGAGCAAAUGUCUGUACUUUAAACCACAUAUUUCCCUGAAGGUAAACGGAUAGUUUAAGCUGGAAAAAGUUCAAGAAAAGGAAAAAAGUUUUAAAAAAAGGAAUAAAACCAACCUUUUGGGUGUUAUUGUGGCUAGUCUUAUCCUGCUCUCUUGCUCUGCAGCUGUUGUACGGAUAGAUACGAGUUGAUUUUUAGAAGCUGGUAAUGGGUUUGCUGUUACUGAUCGGCCUGUUAUUGAGAUUGUUUCCAUUCACCUUACAGGCACUUGUGUAUGUAAGUUUCUGCAAUGCACUGAACUUUUAUUUUUUAAACCCAUGAACAGGUUGAAAUAAAAGGAAUUGGAACACUGAGCCAGCUGUGAUAAUUUGGUCUAGUUCACCCUCUUUUGAUCAGAUGCAUUUUUUGAACAGUUUUCUGUAUGUACAUAUACACCUUAAGACAAGUACAGGCUCUCUGCUGUAUGGAACACAUUAGCCUCGCUUUUUAUAUCGAAAAGAACGUUCCCUCACUUGCAGCAGUCCUAACUCCUUUUGUUGCACCUGUUCAAGCCACAAAGUGUUGAGGUCUCACAUUCACUUGUAAAUUUUGAUUAUUCUCAUAACUACUUAUUACUAUUAUUGAUAUUAACCAUAGGACGGCGGCUUUGACUCCCUACUAGCUUGACAACAGCAUUGUAAGAGUUACGUUAAGUGUCAUAAUUUAAAACUGGAGGUCUUUCAGAGGCCUCCUAAGAAAUAUUUCCUGAUUGUUUGAUAAGUUAAGAGAUGCACCCUUUAAUCCCCCAAAAGCUUCCCAGCUCACUGUUGGUGUUUUAAAGAAAUCAUUGGCUUAACGGAGUUUCAAAGCUAUGGAGUCUAGACUGUGCUACCAGAAUAAAUAAACUUUAAACUGUUUCAUUAUAAAAAGUCUUAACACAAGGUCCUCUAGAUAGCUUUUUUCUGAGGUUUUUAUUUUUUUAUUUUUUUAAUUCUGAUGAAGACUGAUUGUUUACACCCAAUUUAAUUAUAAUUGAUCAUAUUUUUUUGCAUUUAAAUAAUGCAGCAGUAAAUUCAGUGGAAAAAAAAGAAUGGAAAAUCUUACUUUUCACUUUUUCUAUUUCCUUAUGCUGUCCUUAAAAGAUUUAAUAACUGAAUUUAAAAUGGAAUCACAGAUUUGUCUGUUGUCUUUCUCAAGCUAAGAUGAAUUUAAUUUUUAGGUGAAACACUGCUUUUGCAUCAAUUCAUUAAUAUCUUCUAUUUACACAGUUAAAGUCUAUUACUAUUCUUUUGGCACAUUUUAGACUCCAUACAAAACCUCAACAGUGACCUGAGAGGAAGGUUGGCGAUCAAGGGUGGUUGUAAUCGAAAUAGGGGGUGCAGUUUAGAAUAAAGAGUGUAGCUGGGGAAUGCGGAGGCAGUUUUGGGAGCAGUUGUUAUUAUAGAUCUGUCAAUUAUUUUUCUUUGACUGCCAUGAAGCAUGUCAUAGUGUAAGCUGGAAACCGAUUGUCACCCUUUAUAUAGGCUGUAUCAUAUUCUUGACCCUGACUUUUGUUUAAUAUGAUUAUUACUCGUGAUUGUUUCAAUGGUGUUUUUGAACUCAACUUGAAAGUCAUAUGUUAGCACUACUGCUACGUCUCCAUAUUGUUUUAAGGGAUGAAUAUAUAGAAGGAAAUGAAAUGACAAGUAUGUUCGUGUUUCAUUGUUCUCCAAAGUAGGUUUGAACGGAAUAAAUGUCCCCUGAAUACUGACUGGCCGACGGUGGAUCCUUUCAUUGCCUCUCAGUGCAGUUACUACUACCACUCAGAUAUCUGCCUGUGCGCUGAAUGUUUUCUCUGGUGGAACAUUCCUCCCCAUGCAUGCCCUCCGCCGUGUGUCAUCUCACAGAUGUCUCGGUCGACCCCCCCCCCCUUGUGCAUGGUGUCUCGUUCAGACUCUGGGUGUUAGUCAAAAUAUGCAACGUUUCUGUUGGAGGUGUCAGCGGGGCAGGCUAGGCCCCCCACUGCUGUCAGCUAGCCUGAGGCUGGGGUAAGCGGCUGUAAAGAGCAGACAGAGUGAGGGGGGGGGGACGAGUACAGACACUGAUGAUGAUGAUAUUAUACAUCCUGUUUAUUUAUUUGAAUGUGGAGAAGUUGCAUAUUGUAGCUUUUGAAGGCCAAGGUUGUCAUUUUCAUCUAAAAGCUUAACUUCAUACACGCUACUGUAUUGUUGUGUUUCAUGUUUGCUUUACAUGACCUCAGUUUAUUUUAAAGGUUUAUUUUAAAUUCAACCACGUUCCAAGAUAACACGUGGAACUCUGGUUUUAUUUGCUUUACGGUUCCGGGGUCCGGGUUUUACUGACCCUUCCUAAGUCCCUCAACUAUUUGUUCUGUGAUCCAAUGACAGUUGAGUUGAUGCUAUGUACUUGGCUAAUCUAAGAUAGCCACAUUGAAGUUAAAAGAUAAAAGCAACAUUAGCCACAUCAUAAGAUGGCUAGCUACUGUAGGCAGAACGCUGGCUAGCUGGCAAGCAUUUUGCUAACAUUAACCAACUUAAGAUAUGUUGCUUUUAUCUCUUAACCAUCUUCAAAUGUAGUUGCCUUUUCAACAUGGACUAGCCUAGCAUUUAGCUUAUCUAAGAACAGGAAAAGAGGAAGUUGACUGAGGUUCCAGAAGGGGCGGGGCUUAACAAUGCCAUUAACGGCCAGUGUAUUGUGGAGGAGGUAGAAAUCUACCUGAAUUUCAUUUACAAUUUUUAAAACAAAAUUAAAAGAAGAGAAUAAAUUACAAUUGUAACCACGGUUCUCUACAUUCAGGAGGAAUGAAAUCUGCAUGCUAGAUACCUCUGGAGACAUUUCUUUAUCUCUUUCAGUUGACCUUCACCUUCAAUAUUCAAGUUGAACCAUUCUAUCAGUCUGACCUCACCCCAUCAGCUUCCAUACAGAACCUUUAAGUAAAACUUUAGUCCAGGAAAGGCCAUGUUACCUGUGUUAGUGUGCUACCAAGGCUAAAUAGAUGACUUCUUCUCAGAACCAUAGUUAUUUUCUCAGUGUAAGUGUAGUGUAAUAUAUAAUAUGAAUAAAAUUCGACACAUAUUUGAUCCUGUUCCCUCACAGCAUGUUGCUUUUCUCCUUUUCCUGUUUGUCCCUGUUUUCAUCCUGUAUGGGAGUGUGUGGCAGGAGUGUGUUUGACCUUUUUUUUGUCUUUGGCAAGUCCUGUUUUGCUUUUGACUCUUUACUGGUAUCUAGACGUUGUUCACUAACAUCAGCUCUGUUUUGUAUUAGCUAUGACUUUGGUUCCAAUUUUUUGAAGCUUUGGGAAAGAUGUUGCAGGAAAAAAAAAAAACUGAAAAAAAAAGAAAAGUAUGUGGUCUCUGUACUGAUGUCAAAGUGAAAUUAAUAAAAACACGUCAAAGGAC